CAUAUUCAAAAUAUCAUCACAAUGAUGAAGAUUACUUUGUUCGCUCUGGCCGCGCUGGCGCUCGUAUGUGCUGUGCCUCAGGACAAGCCAGCUGCCGCGCCGGUCGAGAUCGUGAAACAGGAUUCUGAAGUAGACAUCAAUGGAUACAAUUUUGACUUCGAAACAAGUGACGGCACUGCCCGACAGGAACAGGGUGAAUACAAGAACGAUACCGACCAACAAGGCCUAGCUGUGAAGGGCAGCUACAAGUACGUGGCCCCUGACGGCCAACACAUCUCCGUGACCUUCGUGGCCGACAAGAACGGCUACCAACCCACCCAGCACCUCGGCAACGAGCCCGCCCCUGCCCCGGCCCAACCCUAAAUACUCUAGUAUACUGCGUAACCAA